AUGCGACUUUAUGCUAUAGCGGAUCUUCAUCUGAGCUACAAGCAUAACCGCGAGGCCUUGGAUGAACUCAAGCCACACUUAGACGACAGCUUGAUCAUAUGCGGAGAUGUGGGGGAGCGUCUGGAGCAUCUCUCGGACGCGUUCCGAAUCACGACCAAGCUAUUCAAACAAGUCUUUUGGGUACCUGGGAACCACGAACUCUACACGCUCCCUAGUCAGAAGCACGAAGGGGACUCCGAUAAGGAACUAGACCAAGAGCUAAAGGGACACUUCAAGUAUGAGGAAUGCGUGCGAGUCGCGAACGAAUGGGGCGUCAUUACCCCUGAAGACGAAUACGUCAAAUGGGAAGGCGAGGGUGGCCCAUGUAUCAUCUGCCCGAUCUUCACGCUUUACGACUAUAGCUUUCGUCCGGACCAUGUGUCGCGAGAGAAGGCGUUGGACUGGGCAAUGGAGGAAAACGUUUAUGCAACGGACGAGGCACUCCUCCAUCCCGACCCCUACGACACUAGGGACGCCUGGUGCGAAGCGCUUGUUGCCAAAACGCAGGAGCGCUUGGAAGCUGCUGCAUCAAGGGGCAUUCCUCUUGUCGUGGUCAACCACUGGCCGCUACGAGAAGAUCUUGUCAACAUCCCGAGCGUCCCCAGAUUCAGUCUAUGGUGUGGGACCAAGAGGACGGAGGAUUGGCACUCCCGCUUCAAUGCCAAAGUAGUGGUAACAGGCCAUUUGCAUGUGCGUCGAACAGAUUGGAUAGACGGUGUCAGAUUCGAGGAAGUCAGCUUGGGAUAUCCUCGACAGUGGCAAGGCGCGAAAGAUCGAGGACUGGGUAUCAAUGAACUACUCAGGGAGGUUCUCCCGGGCAUCAAAGAACCAGCAGACGGUUCGACCAUAUGGCGACAUUUCGGACUCCCUUCGAGCUUCACGUGA